AUGAACAGGUUAAAUUGCACUCAGAUGCUAUCUCAACACUUCAAGAUCCCCGUUUGGUGCCAAAUGGAGUGGCUUGAUCAGUAUAUUGUCCGGGAAGACGACCUCGCUUACGAGUAUGAGCUGCAGAGGACUCCGCAAAGUGUGGUUACCUGGGGUCGGUAUUUAGAAGACUGGAAGUCGCAGCCCAGGUCAGAGCGACCUUUGAAGCACGUUAUUUGGCUUUACGAGAGAUUUUGUGCAGAAUUCAAUGAUAGCAUUGAUGUUUGGAAAGAAUAUAUUCGAUGGUUAGCAGGAAAAUGCGGAGAGGAGGUUCAUUACAGGUUUGUAAUAGACCUUUUCUUGAGAUGCUUGCGUAACUUUAGCAAGGAUUGUGAUGAAUUGUGUUUGAUGUUUUUGGAGUUCGCCAUCGAGCAAGCGGAUUUAGAAGCCAUUAGGAUAGCCUUUGAUAUGUCGCUCGAGAGAGUACCGAGAGACUCGCACGGGCGCGUUUGGGAUAAAAUGCUGCGAUUCAUAGACGAGAGGUUGGCGCCGUUGACUGAAGAAGACGAGUCCGUGUAUGAAAACGAGGAGGAGGAGCUUAGCGUUCUUAUUUAUAAGUCACUUUUUGGUCCUUCUACCGCAGCGGAGGAUGAAAGCAAGGUCGAUCUUUGGUCGUCAAGCAUUGUACGAAGAUACUUGGAGGUAUGUCCGCGCGAUAAGCUGCCGGACGCUCUUGGUAGGUUGGCUCGUACUGGGGAUUAUGAGAGUCUAUUUGCGUCAUUCCACAAAGCCCUUAACAGCAAUGACGGUUGUCUGCCCGAUAAGACUCUGCCCAGAGAGACUAAUCUCCAAUAUCUUAGGGCGCUGGAUUGCCUGAAUAAGGGUCCUAACUACGAAGCGUUCGCAACUGAGAUGGCGAGAGUCUUCCCUGAAAUGGAAAUCAAGAUGACGACAAUGCUAGCAAAGUUCUAUGUCAAAAACGGUGGGCAUGAAAAAGUAGUUCAGUUAUUGGAAGACUCUUUAGCAAAAGUUGCGACUGUUCAGGACUUUCAUGUGCUUUAUGAAACGUACCUUAACUAUGAGAAAUCGUAUAUUCAAACUGUUUUACAGGAAUUGCAGACAAAAACAGAACCAGUCUGCGAAAAGAAGUGGAAAGGCCAGUUAGACAACCAUAUGGAUCGUCUGCAAAAUCUCGUGGAGACCUAUGAGCUCAGAUUAAACGACCUUAAGAUCAGACAGAACCCAAAUCUGGUGGCCAACUGGUCCGAGAGAGCCGCUUUGGUUCGAACAAACGUUGAUAAGUGCAGUAUCUACUCACAGGCAAUUUUGACAAUAGAUCCCUUCAAGGUGAACGUCCCCGGCUCCUUCGGUAAGCUGUGGUGCGACUACGCUAAUCUAUAUUGGAAGGCAAGGGACUAUGAGAGCGCUCGAGAAGUUUACGAUCGAGGCCUACGGGUACCAUAUCCAUACAUCGAGGACCUCGAGAAUAUAUGGAGCUCUUGGGUGGAGAAUGAAAUGGAAGAAGCCGGCCUGGAAGUUGCAUUGAAACUGCUCGAAACCGCUUUACGAGUACCGGAGAACCCAGAAUUGCUGCUUGCAGAAUUCAACGAGGGUGAUAGAAAGGUUCCUGCUCAAGGAGUAAUUUUCAGUUCGUUAAAACUUUGGCAGCUCUACCUCGACUUCACAGAAUCGUUAUGUGCUCAAACAUCGGAGGCCGUUGAAAAAAUGGUCAACCUGUAUGAGCAGGCAAUAGCUUUGAAAGUGGCAACACCAAAGAUGUUUGUCGAUUACGCUCAUUUUCUCCAAGAUAGAGGCGAGAAACUAGCAAGUUUUCAAGUAUAUGAGCGUGCUAUUGGGCUUUUCCCACCAGAAACGCAGUUUCAAUUUUGGAAUCUUUAUCUGGCUGAGAGCACAGCUGAGGAGAAUUUACUUGCAAAAGAGCAUAUCCGUGAAAUUUUUGAACAAGCUUUGGAAAUUUUGAUACCAAGCGGGAUAGACUGUAAGGCCAUUUUCAUUUUGUACAGUGACUUUGAAGAGCGAUGUGGCUUGUCUAAUAGGUGUGUCGAAAUCCUACUGGAAGGCUGCAGGAAGACUGCAGAUUUAGAGGAUAAAGUAACAUUAUGGCAAAUUUGCUUACUGAAAGUCAAAGAACUUCUAGGAAAUGAAGAGUCCCGUAGAUUUUACGAGGAAUGCAUUCAAUCUCUGCCUAACUCGAAGGUAAUUAAAUUUGCCAUCGAAUUUGCAGAUACAGAAGCGACGCUGGGAGAAAUAGAGAGGGCAAGAGGAAUUAUGAAGUGCGCUGCGCAACUGUUACCUCCAGGGAGAAAUGCACUACUAUGGGAAAGCUGGGACGAAUUUGAAGUACGCUAUGGGGACAGAGAAAGUUAUAAAGAGAUGCUUAAGCUCAAAAGGCGGCUGGAAAAGGAAAUGCGGAUAGAAACUGAAAUCGAAAGCCAAAUAGAGGGCAAUAUCGCAUUUGUUGCUGCCUCAAAACCUAAUGCCGUUAAUCCAGAAGAAAUAGAGUUGGAUUUAUGA